GGGCGCGGGGGUACCCGGGCAUGCCUGGGCUGCGCUCCGGGUCUGCGGGGUGCGAGUGCCCCGGGGCGGUACAGACCGGGGGAGCCUCGGCUUGGGUGUUCUCCCCUCCUCGGCCGGUGGCUGUGACUGCAGCCAUCGGUCUCCGCUGGGGCCUGAGAGCAGAAAAAGAAAGAAUAAGAAAGAAAACGGUUGCCCAGGCGUUGUAAAGCGGAUUAAUUUUGGAAUCUGUAAUUACAGCAGCAAAGGCUGAGUGGAUGUUCCUUCAAAUAAGUCCCAAACAAUGUUCAGAGGAUCUAAAACUCCCCUGAAAGUCAAAGAAAAUGAGAGUGGUUGUCCUGAACAGAAGGAAGAGGCCUCUUUCCCUCCAUCAAGAGCCCAGAAGAGCUGCAAAGUGACCAAGUCCAAAGUCAACAGACCAUCCAAGAAGGAGAAUUUCACUGAUGGGAAGCAGACGUGGUCACCAAAACGUGCCCUGAAAUGCCCCAGAGGCCCCGAGGAGAAGCUGUGUCACCCCCAGGGGGCUGAUGAGGGCUGGCAGCUCCCUGGGGGCUGCUCUGGGCCACUCGGGGGGGAUGUGCUCAGCAAACCCCCCUUGCCUUUGCACUCCAAGGAGGAUUUGUCCAGCAGCCGAGCUGUUCCCUUGGGAAAUGACUUCUCCACUCCUGAGGGGGACAAAGUGGAAGGAAAGCCUGAUUUUGGACUGUCUGAACAGAGGAAAAAACCAGUUGAUUCUGCUGCUGUGAUAAAUGCUGAGUUUGGGAUCACUCAGGAAGGUUUUGGAACACGACCCACGGGGCCCUCCCCAACUUCAUUAAAAUUUAGGAGAAGAUCAACCAUUGGAUUGAGGGGAUCACCAGAAAACAACACCCUGAUCCGGUACCUGGCCCAGCAGAGGAGCAGCAGACAGAAAGAAGCUUUCACCCAGAUCAGUCCUUUUAAACCUGCAAAUGUGAGGUCGCUGAAGGACAAAAUCGAUGCUUUCCAAGCCUCCUUUGAAUCCCUGCAAGAAGCUGAGGGGGAGGCUGGGCCCUCAGACCUGGGGGAGCCUUCCCAGGAAGGAGGUUCCUCUCAGAACAAAGCAUCUUCUAAAACAGAGCCAAACCUGGAGCAGUGGAGUGAAAAGUUUAUGUUGGGCAACAGAGGAGCUGCUUUGAAAGAAAAUUUAAGCGAAAACGGGAGCAAGAGCAGCAGGAGUGAGCUCAGGAUCUGCAGCAUCUUGUCCCCACGCCGAGCUGUGACUGUCCCUGACCCUGCUGCUGCUGCAAAGGAAUGGGUUUAUGAGCAGCAAAAUCCUAUUAAAUCCGUGGACACUGUUGCAACUGGAGAUACCCUGGAAACAGGCCAUGCUCACAGGUGUGAGCACGGUGGCACUGGUGAUGCUGUCGCAGACCUUGGCACAAGGAAGGCUGGGGCUGUGGAGGAUGUGAGCCUGGCAAUGCUGGGUGGAAGCCAAGCCCCUGGGAGCACUCCCAGCACUGACCUCUCCCAGAGCAGCUCCCUGCUGAGACCCAUCCUGAAGAAAACCCCAGCCAAGGAGCUCCCCCACAGCCCCAAGGCUGAUUCAGUGCUUGCACUAAGGAUGAGCAUAAAGGAAUACUUAAACAGUGAUAUUGACAGAGGAGAAGAUGAAUCUGCUGCAGUCUCCAAUUGUGUAAAAGCCUUUGAAACAUUGCAAACAGAGAGAACUGACAGUCAGAGCUCCAAAACACCAAAGAAGAAAAAAGUGACUUUUGGGGAAGAUCUGAGCCCCGAAAUCUUUGACCAAAGCCUGCCUGCCAAUACCCCCCUACGCAGAGGAGCCUCCCCGGGGCGUCCCCUGGGGCAGAGCCCCUGGGCAAGGCCGGGCCUCUCCGAGGAGCCUUUGCCCCUCCUGGAUUUUGGUUGGGGUGAUGAAGGCGUUGAGCCUCUCCCAGAAUUCCUGGAAGGUUCUGUUGCUGCAGAAGCCCCUUCAUCUGUUGAAAUUGCAGAAGUAGCAGAGACUGACAAACCUGAAAUAACAACUCGUUCUUCUACUAAAAGGAAGGUGCCCCCAGCCACCCCAAAUCCUGUUCCCCAGCAGUGCAGGGCUGUGGCACAGGACACUGAUGGCAGCAGCACAGGAGCCACUGAUAAUGACAAAGACACUGAUACUGAACACCAAAUGCCAAACACUGAUAAUGACAAAGACACUAAAAAUCCAAGAAGGAGCAAGAUUCAGAGACAGAAGAAUCCAACCACAGCUGCUCCCAAGAAGACCCAGAAAACAAAACACCCAAGCUAUGGGAAAAGAAGAAAGAAAAAAGUGAAGAAAUCUUUGUAUGGGGAAAGAGAAAUUGCUUCUAAGAAACCCCUGCUCAGCCCUAUCCCUGAAAUUCCAGAGGUUUUCUCUUCUGUGUCGUCUCCAAACUCACCAAAGGCAGAUGCACUUUUUACAGAGGGUGCAAGCUGGGGUGAUCCCAAAUGCAGGGAUGCCUGCAGGGACACUGCCCAGGAGCCUCAGGCUGCAAGGAUGCGUGCAAGGGGGUUCCAUGCAGCUGCUGUGUGCCCAGGCCCUGGGCUCCUGGAGGAGACAGCAGCCACCAGCUCUGUGCCUGGACACUCCGAGGUGCCAGGGAGCCUGGAGUCUGCUCCUGAGUUUUCAAAUGCUGUGCCAGAUGCAGAAGGUGAUUUUGAUACAUCUGAUUAUUUCCAGCAAGGCAAAGAGACUCCAUGUGAAAAAGAAGCAAAAGAAAGCAGUUCCUUGAUAGAAAAGGAAGAAUUACAAGGAAAUCUUCUAAGUGGGCUGGAAAUUCUGGAACAACAGGAUGUACAGGAGGGUGCCAAGUGUCCUCAAAAGGAUUCUGUCAGAAAUGAUCCAGCAAGGAGAAGAAGAAAAAGAAGCAGCAGUGCCUUCUACUUCCCUCCUGUUGAAAACUUGGAAAUAACUGGGGCUGAUCUUCCAGUUUGCUCUUACGAUGUGGAAGAAGUUUUAUCAGUCCCCCGGGCGAAGGAGGGAUCCCUGCAGGCCUGCAGGAGGAGGAGCAGUGCCAGUGCUGAGGUCAGGGUGAGGCGCAGCAUGAGGCUGAGCAAGGAUGCAGCAAGUAAGGGACUCUCAUGGAUUCAGCUUCCCUGUGAGAUUCCCAAGCAGCCUCCCCUCCCAGCUGCUCCCAAAGCCAGGAGAAGCAUCAGCACAUCCAUCCUGGCAGGAUCCGAGAAUAUUCACCACAGGGAACAAAACCUCCCCUUCCCAGCCCCAGGGAAGGAGAAUGAGAACUCGGCUCCUCUUGCUGCUGGUCCUGGCAGGAGGUGGAGGAGGAGAAGCCUCUGUGAAGCCACAGCUCAAGAAAUGCCCUGGGCUCCCACCCAGAGGAGAAGCACAAAUUCUGUGUGUGGGAAGGACAAGAGUGACCAAAACCACUUGAAAGCAGCAGAAACUCUUGAGCUAAGAUUGAAAGAUGUUUCAGGCAUCUCUGAUUUUCUGAAGUGAAGGUGCUUGUUAGAGCCUUGUGUUGUCUCUCAAGUGCAGUUUUCUUCUCUUUCCCACUUGUAUUUCCUCACUUUCUUAUUCAUUUUCUGGAUAACUUAGAAUUCCUUUUCCUUGUCUUGAUGCCUAAAAUGCUUGAAGAUCUGAAUCGUGUGGCAGACUGGCUUAGAGCAUUGGUCUGGUACAGUUAUGGCAAGUAAUGAAGAGAAUUAAAUUCUUCUCUCUGAUAAAUUUGUCUUUAGCAGUUAAACCACAGAGUCAAAUGUGUUCUUCCAGCUACAAUUGCUCCAAGGGUUUAUUUCCCAUAUGCUUGAUCAUUCCCUAUAAAUUGCUGUUGAAAUUUGCAAAUACUUUCUUCUAGAUUGCAAAAAUACACUAAAAAGAGAUUGUCUGCAGUGAAUGAAGGAAUUCCUUCUUGAAAGGGAAGAGGAGGAAGCGGGGAACCUGUCUCUAUCUUCUGAAAAGGCUUUGGGCAUGAGCAGAGGUGGAGUUCCUUAGUGUAAGAUUUUGUGUUAGAGUUCAUGAAUGAUUCUCUGAUGUAAAGGCUGGUCAUUAAAGAAAAAAAAAAGCUUUUAGAUCUUUAUUUGUAUAAAAUGUAUCUGACAAAUGAAAUUGGCUGAGGGGAGAGAGGCAUUCCUAACCAGGAAGGCUGUGCUUCAUUUCCAGUUGUUCCCAGCCCUGUGUGUGUGUGUCCUGAGUCCAUCCCCUGUUGGCCCUUGUCAUCUUCCUGUUUGCACUUUCUGCUUGGAACAGUGGAAUAAAGAGUGAGGACUGCAGGUGCUCUGCUCCAA